AUGACUUUCAAUGAUGAAUUCAUGGGAAUUAUCUACCUGGUGCAGAUGCUAAUUGGAGUCCUAGGGAACUUUUUCCUCAUUUACCAUUACUCUUUUCAUUUUAUUACUCAGAAGAGGCCCAGACGCAUAAACUUUAUUCUUAUCCAACUGUCCUUUGCUAAUGCCAUUUAUCUUCUUUGCAGGGGAAUCCCCAGAGUAGUAUUUUCUUGGGAGGCCAAUAUUCUUCUGAAUGAUGCUGAGUGUAAAAUCAUCGGUUAUCUACAGAGAGUAUUCCAAGGCCUUUCUCUCUGCAGCACAUGCCUCCUUAGUAGCUUCCAGGCCAUUGCCAUCAGCCCCAACAGCCCAAAGUGGGUAGGCCUCAAAGUUAAAGCCCCAAAGGGCAUCAUUCCCUGCUGUGUUUUCUGUUGCGUCCUCAAUCUCAUAAUGGAUGUUCCUCUUCUUGUGUACAGAACUGGUCUAAGACAGAAUAGCACAAAGAUUAAAGGCAGACAACCAUCAGGGUUUUGCACUGUUAGCACAUAUAUCACGGAUUCACUAAAAUUUCAAAUCUGGAAGUCUUUUUAUGAUUCUGUCUUUGUAGUUUUAAUGGCUGUUACCAGUGGAUACAUGGUGUUUCUCCUGUACCGACACCACCAGCAAGUCCAGCAUAUUCAUAGCACCAGCCUUUCCCCCAGAGUCUCCCCUGAGAUCAGUGCCACGAAAGCCAUUCUGUUGCUGGUGAGCACCUUUUUCUUCUUCAACACAGCUUGCUCUGUCCUUACUAUUUAUAUAUCUUUUUCUCGAGUACUUAGGCCAUGGAUGUUCUAUGCCCCUACCUUUCUGUCCAUGUCUUUUCAAGCAAUCAGCCCCUUUGUACUGAUUAGUAGUGAGUCUUGGGAGCCUUGGGAAUUCUGUUGCUUUAUCCAAGUAAUGAAAGACUCACAUGCUACACCCAUAUCAUGCCAAACACAUACAGUACCACAAAACCAAAGAUUUGGGAAGUAG